GCGGCGGGUGCGCUUGCGCGGGAGGCGCGCCGGGCGGUGCGGCGUUCGGCUGAUCGCGCCUGCCGCACAAUGAAUGGCCGCUGAGCGCGGCGGGGACGGGGACGGGCACCGGCAGCGGCACCGGGAGCGGCCGGAGCCGCAGCGCAGCCCCCCCCCUGGCCUCCGGCCCCCGUCGGCUGCCGCGAUGGCUCAGACGCUGCAGAUGGAGAUCCCCAACUUCGGGAACAGCAUCCUGGAGUGCCUGAACGAGCAGCGGCUGCAGGGGCUGUACUGCGACGUCUCGGUGGUGGUGAAGGGCCACGCGUUCAAGGCACACCGGGCCGUGCUGGCCGCCAGCAGCUCCUACUUCCGGGACCUUUUCAACAGCAGCAAGAGCGCGGUGGUGGAGCUGCCGGCCGCCGUCCAGCCCCAGUCCUUCCAGCAGAUCCUCAGCUUCUGCUACACGGGGCGGCUCAGCAUGAACGUGGGCGACCAGUUCCUGCUGAUGUACACCGCUGGCUUCCUGCAGAUCCAGGAGAUCAUGGAGAAGGGGACUGAGUUCUUCCUCAAGGUCAGCUCGCCCAGCUGCGACUCGCAGGGGCUGCACGGCGAGGAGGCACCCUCCUCCGAGCCCCAGAGCCCCGUGGCCCAGACCUCGGGGUGGCCCUCGGGCGCUGCCGCCCUGCCCCUGGUCUCGCGGGUGAAGACGGAGCAGGGCGAGCCCGACGGGGUGCAGUGCACCUUCGUGGUCAAGCGCCUCUGGGACGGCGGCCCCAAGGACGGCGCUGCCGGCGGCAACGGUAGCCGUAAGAUGGCCAAGUUCUCGGCACCCGAGCCGGGACGCCAGCCGCAGCCCCCCGCCCCGGCCCCGGCGGCGGGACCGGCCCCGGCGGCGGCAGCGGCGGCGGCGGCGGCAGCACCGCCCGGCCCCAGCGCGGCCGACCAGACCAGCCCCGGGGGUACGUCCAGCGCCUACACGAGCGACAGCCCUGGCUCCUUCCACAACGAGGAGGACGAGGAGGAGGACGGGGGCGAGGAAGGCUCUGACGAGCAGUACCGCCAGAUCUGCAACAUGUACACCAUGUACAGCAUGAUGAAUGUAGGGCAGGCAGCCGCAGAGAAGGUGGAGGCGCUGCCGGACCAGGCCACCUCGGAGUCACGCAACCGGGUGCGCGUGCGGCAGGACCUGGCCUCACUGCCGGCCGAGCUCAUCAACCAGAUCGGGAACCGCUGCCACCCCAAGCUCUAUGACGAGGGAGACCCUGCGGAGAAGCUGGAGCUCGUCACGGGCACCAAUGUCUACAUCACGCGGGCGCAGCUGAUGAACUGCCAUGUCAGCGCAGGGACGCGGCACAAAGUCCUCCUGCGGCGGCUCCUGGCGUCGUUCUUCGACCGCAACACCCUGGCCAACAGCUGCGGCACGGGCAUCCGAUCAUCCACCAACGACCCCAGCCGGAAGCCACUGGACAGCCGGGUCCUGCACGCUGUCAAGUUUUACUGCCAGAACUUCGCCCCCAACUUCAAGGAGAGCGAGAUGAACGCCAUUGCCGCCGACAUGUGCACCAACGCCCGGCGCGUCGUGCGCAAGAGCUGGAUCCCGAAGCUGAAGCUGCUGAUGGCCGAGGGCGACUCCUACACCUCCUUCAUCAACGACACCGGCAAGCUGGAACCCGACAUCAUGGGCCCCGAGCCGGCCUUCGAUGCUGGUGGGCACGAGGGCGAGGCGGGCGCCCCGGGGGAGGGCCUGCAGUGACCCCUGCCUCGGCCCCCCCGGGGACCCCCAACCGUGGGGGGACCCCCGCCGGGUAGGGACCCUCUCCAGUAGGGUCCUGCGGCCGGGUGGGGACCCCACCGGGUAGGGCCCUGUGACGGUAUAGGGGACCCGUGUGGGUGUAAGGCCCUCCCCCCCUACCGGGCGGGCACCCCCUCGGGGCCAGGACCCCCCCCAGGGGCAGGGACCCACCCGGGGAGGGCCCCGUGCCACCGUGGGGCCCCUGGCCAUGGGGUCCGGUCCCCUCCCCAUGGGGUUUGGGGCUUAGUGGGGGUGGCAGUGGCUCAGCUCAGCCUGGCCGCCCGCCCCCCCCCCCCCCCCCCAGCGGUUUUGGGGGGCUGGGGGUGGGGGGCCGGAGCAUCACUCAGCUCGGGCUUUCCUUCCGCGCCCCCUCCUGCUCAGGCGUGAGUUGACGAGGUCCCGUGUCCCCUCCCUGGGGCCAGUGUCUCUCCUGCCCCCCCCCCCCCCCCCGACCCCGCUCUGGGUGCCCCAUGUUGCCUCUGGGGCCCCCAUGUCUCCCCCAGGUCCCCUCCCCAGGGCUGAUGUUUCUCCAGGCACCCGCGUGGGUCCCCCGUGUCCCCUCCCCGGGGCCACUGUCUCUGCAGGCAACCGCAUGUGUCCCCCCCUGCCCGUGUCCCCUGUGUCCCGUCCUGUCCCGUCCCGUUCCCCCCCCCACCGGGGACCAGCAUCUCUCUGGGCAACCCCAUGCGUUUGCCCCGGUCCCCCCUGUCCCGGCGUCUUCCCAGGCGCCUGCAUGUGUCCCCCAGGUCCCCCGCGACCCCCCCGGGGGCCAGAGUCUCUCCAGGUGACCGUGUGUGUCCCCUCCCAGGUCCCCUGUCCACGUGUCUCUCCGGGUCCCCCCCCCCUCGUUGUCCUGUCCCGUCCCCCCCAUCCCCUCCCCAGGGGCAGCAUCUCUCUGGGCAUCUGCGUUUGUCCCCAGGUGAUGGCACAUGUCCCCUCCUUGCGCAGCCCAGGUGCCCCCCACCCUUGUCCCCAGCUCCCCCCACCCUGGCAGAAAGGGGGGUGUCCCCUCUUGUGUGUGUUGUUUCCCCCCCCGGCCGGAUGGGGACGUGGGCAGGGGGUGGCAGAGUUGAGCCCAUGUGUGGAUCCCCCCAAUGGGGAUGGGGACCCCCCCCACACGGGGUUAAAGGCCUUGUUAAAGUUCCUUCUUGUUAGUUUGCCCCCCCCCUUUGUUAGCCCCCACUGGGGUCUGUCCUCGGGGGGGGGGGGAAUGACAUUACCCUGUGGGGGACGGCGGCACCCUGGGAGCAGCCGGGCAAGGGUGGACCCAGCGUCCUGGCCGGGGUGAUUUGGGGAGGGGGUCGUGGGUUGGAAUCCCACCUCUGCAGGAGGGGUCGGGGGGGGACGACGAUGCAGGGACCCCCCCCUGCAGCCCCAGCUUUGCCCCCCACCCCUCUCCCUGGCACCAGGGCUUUGCACCGGCUGUUCUCCAAGCCCCAAAGGGGGAAACUGAGGCACCGUUCAGUGGCUCCCCCCCCCCCGCACAGACUUGGCAGGGGGGGGGUGCUGGGAGGGAACCCAGGCGUCCGCCCCCCCCCCCCCCCGGCAGCCCCCCAACAGGUCUCCUGACGUUCGGUCAAGUGCCUUACCCGCUGCCCGGCCCCCGGGCUCCGAUCGCGUCUCCACUAUCUCACUGCUCCGUGCCAAACCGCACACCGCCCCCCCCCCCCCCCGGCCCCCCCUGCUGCCCCGGCCCGGGGGGGGGGGGGAACACACGGGGACACCCCCCCCACCCCUCCUCUCGCACCAACCCGGACGCCUGGGUUCUCCCCCCCCCAUCCCUCUCCUUUUCCCUGUGCCUCAGUUCCCAUUCCCUUCCCCUGUGUGAUGAGUUGCACCGGUCUCAGCCCCAUGAGGGUGUCCCUGUUGUGGCCCCCCCCAACCCCCCCGGGCGCUCAGCGAGCCCAGUCCCUGCUCCCCCACCCCACCCCGGUGGGGUCAGGCUAUUUCGUUUCCUCUUUUUCUUCUUUUUUUUCCAACCCAAAAGCUGUACAGAAGAGGGGAGCGCGCGGCGGCGUCUCGGCAGCAUGGACCCCCCCCCCCCCGGGCUUGCGCUUCCCCCCCCCUCCCCCCCUUCCCCUCCCCGCGCCCCCCCCCCCCGGGGCCGCCAGUGUCUGUCCUGUGUUAUGAAGUGCCAAGACGCCCGUUCCCGGUGCCCCCCCCCCCCCCCCCCCCCCCCGAGUCGCUGGAGAAUUGCACAUGAACUGCUGUACGAGAGCGGAGAGGGACUGCAGAAAUGUUAAUAAUGAUAAAUAAAACACAGAGGUUUG